AUGAUCACCGAUUGAUGAUUCACUAUCAUCAAUCCCCUCCUUCUCCUGUCUACUUUGUGACCACACAUUUGUCGUAGCUCAACCCUCAUACCAAUUCCCAUCAUCAACUUCAUCUUGAGAAAACAAACUCAACACAUUUUGAAAUUUGAAUAAACAAUGUUUCACACUCCGUUUCGUUUACUUAAUUUUCCCUGCACAAAACCUCCACAUCUAAACAUUCAUAUCUUGCUUUCCCUUCGUUCACCAACCAUCCUUUGCUCAUUCAAUGAAGAUUCCUUUUCUAUCCCUAAAUCAACCCAGUUUGGUUACAGUCCUCCAGAGGAUCUAUUUGGGCUAGAGGUGGAACUCAAACCAAGGAAAACUAACUCUCAUAUAAGAGAACCAAGGUCUUGGUUUGGUCCAAAUGGACAGUAUAUCAGAGAGCUACCUUGUCCAAGUUGCCGAGGAAGGGGUUAUACUCCUUGUACAGAAUGUGGAAUAGAAAGAUCUAGAUCAGACUGUCCAGAAUGUAAUGGAAAGGGUUUACUGACUUGCCACCAGUGCUCUGGAGAUUGUGUCAUAUGGGAAGAAUCAAUUGAUGAACGACCAUGGGAGAGAGCUCAAUCAAUAUCUCCACUCAAAGUGAAGGAAGACGAUGAAGUUGACAAAUUAGACAUAAAGCUUGAUGCAAAGAAAAAAUCCAAGCGUGUUUACCAGUCACCUUCUCCUGAAGUUGGAUUAAAGAUUAGUCGUUCAUUAAAAAGUCUCAAUGCCAAAACUGGUCUAUUUAGCAAACGAAUGAAGAUCAUCCACCAGGAUCCAAUUCUUCAGGCACAGAGAGUGAUUGCUAUUAAGAAAGCUAAGAGAACUGUUUCAGCAAGAAUGCAUGCUUCCAAAACUAUGAAAGAGUUCUUUAGUGAUCCAAUAAACCGUCAAAAAAGGAGCAUAGCCAUGAAAGGAGUGAAAUUCUACUGCCAAAACUGUGGACGUGAAGGACAUAGGAGACACUAUUGUCCAGAACUCAAGGAUGGUUUGGUUGAUCGGAGAUUCACAUGUAAGCUAUGUGGUGAAAAAGGGCACAACCGAAGGACAUGCAUUAAGUUAAGGAUAAGCCAUAGUGAUGGGAGAGUUAUAAAACACCAUCGAUGUAAAAUAUGUCGACAAUAUGGCCAUAACAGAAGGACAUGCCCUCAAGUUAUUUCGAAUAAAGGAACGGACACAACAUCUCAAAGAAUAUACAAAUGUCGAUUGUGCCAGAAAGAGGGACACAAUAUUAGAACAUGUCCUAGAAGAAUAGUUGGUACUGAAAAUUCUCAAAAGUAAUAGUCCUACUUUUGAGAAAUUCGAGUUUGAACCUAAAUCUCAUUGACGAGAUUUGAAAAGCUUUUAUUUUGCUCACUUAUGUAACUGCAACAUGAUCUAUUAAUCAAUGUUGAUUAGCCUAAACUUGUCAGAAAUUGGUUAGAUUUAAGGUUGCUUGUUGGAACUUGGAUGAAACAAAAAUGGUAGGGGUCAUUCAUAUGCCCAAGAGUAAACUAGCUUCCCAACUAA